UUUUGUUCUCUUGAAUAGCACUGUUAUAUGUACUUAUUAAAAUAUUGGUUGAUAGUUUGGUACACGGUUCAUCGGUUGUUUCUAUUCUUUUAAACAGUACCUUCACUUACUUACUGAUCUUCUUGCUCUACUGGAUCAUUUUUCAAUCUCAGUAAUUAAACAUGAAAAUGGUCAAAUUCGCAAAACUGUUUUGAAUCAAGAGUGCUGGAGAAUGGAAAAUUACAUUACGAAAUGUGCAUCAAGUAUAGAUAAAACCUACAUCAGUUGACUGUGAUAUGCAAUCAAGAGUUCAUAAGUAAAUUGCUUAAAGAAACAAAUUGUUGAUUUGAAAGCUGUCAUGAGGCACUGGUCAAUUGCCAUAUUUUGGUACUUUUUCAUGAAGCUUAACUUGGCUAUUGGAUUGACACACUAUGAUUCGGAUUCAAAUCAAAAAUGUUUCGCAAGUGGAGGAAUGAUCUCUCCAGCAUGGAGAGCUCCAAUUCCAGACGUAGAUAUUAUUUUAGAAGUUGGAACGUCUCUGGAGAUCUACUGCACGUUGGAUUUGAAUUACAAACAUUGCGAGAAUUACACCUCUCAAGAUAUAAUAUUUAAAAAAGGAGAUCGUAAAAUCGACAGCGAACACGUAACGUUAGUAAAUUCCACAACGGCCAGAUUAUUUUUGGAAACUUCAACUAUUAGUGUCCAAACCGAGAUUUUUGCUUGCUUGUUGACAUUGCAAGGCGGCGGUAAUACUAAUGCAACAUCUGAAGUAUUCAACCACUCUGACAGUGGCGCAGAAAAGCCAUUGAUCAAUGAUCCUAAAUCACCAGCAGCGGAAGACUUGAUCUGUUCAAGUUCUGUACGGAUUGGGAGUAGACCGAAAAAAGUGGUCAAUUUCAAGUGUCUCAGUCACAACUGGGACGUGUUGGAUUGUUGGUGGCACGAGCCUAAUAAUGGAAUUGAGACGCGUUACUCGAUUUAUUAUUCCAUUCCUGAAGAAGCUGGUAAAAAUCAAUUCUACGGCUGCCCAACUGAUCAAAGUGAACCUGGUCACUGUCGAUGGACUAAAGAAACGUCUCCUCCUUAUAAGGAAAAUUUCGAGUUCAUGAAUUUCUACAUCAAUGGCAGUAAUAUGUUAGGUAACAUUACUCAAAUGUCUAGAUGGAAUCAUUACGCUCAUGUCAUUCCUGCACGACCACGUAACUUGAUUCCGUUGAGAAUAACCUCUCAUAGUGUUUGCCUGCAAUGGGAUGAUGUCAGUUCGUGGAAUGCGUCCCUGAUGAAUUUGCUUUACUUAGUGAAAUAUAAGCGACUUUCGUCGAAAAGUUGGAACAUAAUCCACUUCCACUCAGCAGACAUUGAAAAAGAAAAUGAUCACGUACAAGUCAACAUAACUGGCAUAAAGUAUCCGAAUAUGGAAUACAAAUUUCAGGUAUACGUGAAAUUCAACGUCUCAAAAAAAAAUUCUUGGUCUAAGGCAGCUUCUGUGCUGGUGAAAACCAGUGCAUGUGCGCCCUAUCGAUCUCCAAAAACUGACCCAGGUGGUUUUGAAGUAUUCGCUGAAUAUUCGAAUCGUCGAAACGCGAUUGUCUAUUGGAAGCAAAUUCCUAAUGAAGAACAUAAUGGCGACAAUUUUCAGUACAGGAUAAUUGUUUUUGAAAACGAUGAAAAAUUCAACAUUAAACCUACUUCAAUGAACAAUUUUUCCGCCACAUUCUCGAAUCUCUCUUUCAACGCUUAUAAGUUUUAUAUUAGAUCAGUGAAUGCGAUUGGUUCAGCUCCUCGAUCUUCUAUCGUGUAUGUGCCUAAACAGAAUGAUAUCUUGCCUCAACCUAUGCCUGGUUAUAAGCGUUUUGAUGGAACCGAUGUGUACGAAAUUACAGUACUAUCAGGUUUGCUAGAGUUCAAAUACACGUUUCGCCAAAUCGAAGUCACCAAUUUUACAUUAUUCUGGUGUGAAAGUAACCAUGGUGAUCCAUAUCCAUGCAGCAAUGUUUUCAACUGGAUUAAUCUGCCAGUGAAUAAUAUCAUCUCCCAUAACUUCGCGUUUAUGCACAACGUAACCCUAAAUCAGCACAUGGGUUAUCAGUUUGCAGUCAGUACUAAUUCGUUGAACUCUAGUAGCGGCAUGAGUUGGAUUAUAUAUACAGGUAUUUACAACCAGGUAAAUAAAAUUCAAAAUGUUUGGAUUCAGGAAGUCGGCUCGUCCUUCGUAGACAUACAUUGGAAAUUAGAAUUCGCUAAUCGGGUCCAAGGGUUCAAAGGCUACAAAAUAUCGUACUGUCCAGUCAAUGAAAAUCACCAGCACGAUUGUGUCGAAUCUACUGAAAAACAUCUAAAAUACCAUGCAGGUAAAAACGUUUGUGAUUUUAAUUUUACAAACUUGAUGCCAAAUACCACUUACAAAAUGGCAGUGGCAGUUUGGACUGGUGAAUUAUUAGGACCUUGGAGUGAAUGGAUGUACCCUCGUACCAAAAACGCACCAUAAAGCAUCCAAGAUCACUGAUGGAAAUAUGAUUUUUCAAUUCCCUACUUCUCCAGUACCACCACAAAACUUCUUAUGUGUAUUUUGGGUUUUGGAGAUGCCUUUUGGAAAUUUGAAGCUUAUUGUUGGUGUUUUUUAAAAGCAGGAAGGAGGGAUGGAAACUGAAUAUUCGUGAGUUUUUUUUAAAUUUACAAUUUAAUGUCAUGGCAUCUACAUUGUAGCAGGCGUUCUCCGUGUGAUCUCAUUUGUUCAGAUAAUUUACUGUCAAAUUUAUUAUGUAAUAAUACAAUACUGUUUUGUACUCUUCUUACUAUUAAAGUCUUCUUAAAAUGUA